AGGAAGUCAUCGCAUUUAUUCAGGCACUUAACGUCCAGCAUAUUGUGACCCCUGUGCUGCCUACCAGAUGUUCUGAAAAAUUUUGAGCAAAUUUGUAUGACCUAAAUAUGUCUCAAGCAAAUAUCAACGAGAGUGAAGUGGACAUAGUGAUUGGUGCACUGCACUCUGACCUGAGAUUUUUUAUGAAUGAAUGGAGGCCAUUUUUCUCUCGCUUCCACUUGAUAAUUGUCAAAGAUCCUGAUCUCAAGGAGGACCUUCAAAUUCCUGAAGGCUUUGAGUUGGAUGUCUAUUCAAAGUCUGAUAUUGAGCGAGUUGUGGGUUCCUCCACUGCUGGCCUGUUCUCUGGCUACUCUUGCAGGUAUUUUGGUUAUCUAGUUUCACGAAGGAAGUAUAUUGUAUGUGUUGAUGAUGAUUGCAUUCCAGCAAGGGACAAUAUGGGAAAUGUGGUAGAUGCUGUGACCGAGCAUCUAUUUAACCUCAAGACCCCUGCGACCCCUUUCUUCUUUAAUACACUCUAUGAUCCUUUCCGUAAGGGUGCAGAUUUUGUUCGUGGUUAUCCAUUUAGCUUGCGGAGUGGGGUUGAUUGUGUCCUGUCAUGUGGCGUGUGGCUCAAUCAGGCAGACUUUGAUGCACCAACACAAGCACUCAAGCCAGGAGUGAGGAACUUGCGAUAUGUCGAUGCAGUUAUGACUGUUCCUGUGAGAACUAUGAUGCCUGUUAGCGGAAUCAACAUUGCUUUUAACCGUGAAGUAGUUGGCCCUGCAUUAGUACCUGCCUUGAAGUUGACCGAGGAAGGAAAGUUGAGGUGGGAAACAAUUGAAGAUAUAUGGUCUGGAAUGUGUGUAAAAGUGAUAUGUGAUCAUUUAGGUCUGGGUGUGAAAACAGGGCUGCCCUAUGUUUAUAGAACGCAAAGAGGGAGUGCCAUAGAGAGCCUCAAGAAAGAGUGGCAAGGGGUGAAACUGAUGGAGGACAUCGUUCCUUUCUUUCAGUCAUUGAGGUUGCCACAGUCGGCUAGUACACCAGAGGCUUGUGUGGCGGAGAUGGCGAAGAUAGUGAAGGAGAAACUGGGUCAGGUAGAUCCUCUGUUUUUGCGUUCCGCCCAAGCCAUGGAAGACUGGGUCAAGCUUUGGAGGUCAGUUGGUUCCUCAACCGGCUGAGGCUUGUGAUAUUUGUGUGCGUGUGUGUGUCUCUAUGUAAAACCGAUUUAUAUAUGCUUUGUUUCUGGUUUGCAGCCCGCUGAGACUUUUGAGCUGAUAAAAAUACUGUUUGAUUGAAGUAGAACAAGAUUGAUCGUAUUUAUUUGUUUGUCGGGCAUUUAAUGUAUUUUUUUCCU